CACCUACUGAAAAAUGAGCGGCAGAGGCAAAACCGGUGGCAAGGCCAGAGCAAAGGCCAAGACUCGUUCAUCCAGGGCUGGACUUCAAUUCCCCGUGGGCCGUGUCCACAGGCUGCUGCGUAAAGGAAACUAUGCUCAGCGUGUCGGCGCUGGUGCACCAGUCUACUUGGCUGCUGUGCUUGAGUACCUGACUGCUGAGAUUCUGGAGUUGGCCGGCAACGCUGCCCGUGACAACAAGAAGACUCGUAUCAUUCCCCGCCAUCUGCAGCUGGCUGUACGUAACGACGAGGAGUUGAACAAGCUGCUCGGCGGAGUGACCAUCGCUCAGGGUGGUGUACUGCCUAACAUCCAGGCUGUGCUGCUGCCCAAGAAGACUGAGAAGUCCAAGUAAACCUGCUCCCUCCAAGUAUCCUAAACAAAGGCUCUUUUAAGA